AUGGAUGAGGAACUUCAGAUAGUGGACGUGUGGUCGGAUAACUUAGAAGAUGCAUUCGAGAGAAUAAGAGACAUUCUGGAGCGAUACCCGUAUGUUGCGAUAGAUACGGAAUUUCCGGGUAUCGUGGCCAAACCGACCAGCUACCAGGAAGAUUACAAUUACCAGACCGUGAAGUGCAAUGUCGACUUGCUGAAACUCAUACAAUUAGGGCUGACCUUCGCUGAUGCGGAUGGUCAGACACCUAGUGGAGUGUCAACAUGGCAAUUUAACUUCAAAUUCGACUUACAGCGGGAUAUGUACGCUUAUGAUUCAAUAGAGCUACUGAAGCAAAGUGGAAUAGAUUUUGAGAAACAUCUUCGCAAAGGAAUUGAUGUCGCACAUUUCGGAGAGCUUAUCAUUUCAUCCGGACUCGUUAUGAAUGAGGAUGUUGUAUGGGUUAGCUUUCACGGCAGCUAUGACUUUGCUUAUGUGCUCAAAUUGCUCACUUGCACUGCACUUCCUGCUAACCAGUCGGAAUUUUUUGAAUUGCUGCAUGACUUCUUCCCUUCGUUGUAUGAUAUCAAAUUUCUACUCGACGAGCAGUCUAUCAAUUUAUCUAGCCGCACCAGUUUGCAAAGAAUUGCUGAGCAUCUGGACGUCAAAAGAAUUGGACCGCAACAUCAAGCUGGAAGUGACAGCUUAGUUACGUGUCGAACUUUUUUUAAACUCAUGCAAAGAUAUUUUGACAACAAGCUCGACGAUGAGAAGUAUCAAGGGAUCAUAUACGGACUGGGUAAGGCAUCAGCACAGCUGCACAACGAUUGUAAGAGCGAUGGAUUGUACAACACACCAACGUACCCCGUAGCGGUACCGUACUCGAACGGGUCUUCAUCAGUUAAAUGGGGAUCAGAAAUGCCGCCACAUCAUGUACAAACCACGCUCAAUCCGGGCAUUGUGAACGCAAAACUGCAUACCACAACGUCCGGUGCGGUCAUUUUAAAUUCGUCUACGCCAAACACGCUGGCCGCCGAUGUGUCAAGCCCAAUGGGAGCUACAGUGCUACCUGCGAGUGUUACUUUGGUCAACAGCAACGCGAUUGGUAAUAUGAACGAGAUCAGCUUUUACGAUGCCUCGCACUUCAACCAGUAG